GGGUGGGGUGGGGGGAGAAGGAGGGGCGUGGGCAGUGCAGUUGUUCUUUUUCCCGACUUUGUGGCAGAGCCUGACGGGAGUCGUAGUUCGAAGCCUCCCCGCCUUGAUAACUGGCUAUAGGAUUGGAAGGGGGAUGGUCCCCAUGAGCCUUACUUAUCCUCCCAGGCUAGGCGCCUAGGCUGAGGGGUGCAAAGGGGGAGGAGAGGCGGAGCUAAGCGCUCGGUGAUUGGUUGAGCCCGAUCCCCCUGUGUCCUCUCCCCUGUUCUCCUUCUCUCUUUACUCGCCCCCCAACCCCCAGCUGCUCCUCCCUCUCCACCGCCCCGCUCCGGCUCCCAUCCCUGGGCUCUAGGUUAGUGUGCGGGGAUUACUGAGCGCAGUGCGCGGCCACCGCGGAACCGGAUCGCUGCAGCAGCUACAGAAGCAGAAGCAGGAGCCGCCUUCGCCUCUCAGAGCAUCUACGGCCCCAGCCCGCCAGCGGCGGCACUGAGGUCACAUCGACAGGAGGACGGAGGAGGACGGAGGAGCCUGCGGCGGCGGCAGCCAGGCGGAGAAAAUGCUUGCCAAUUCAGCCAGUGUAAGGAUUCUCAUCAAAGGAGGCAAGGUAGUAAAUGAUGACUGCACCCAUGAGGCUGACGUCUAUAUUGAAAACGGCAUCAUUCAGCAGGUGGGAAGAGAACUCAUGAUUCCGGGAGGAGCCAAGGUGAUAGAUGCAACUGGAAAAUUGGUGAUUCCUGGGGGCAUAGAUACCAGCACUCACUUCCACCAGACCUUUAUGAAUGCUACCUGCGUGGAUGAUUUUUACCAUGGAACGAAGGCAGCACUGGUAGGAGGAACAACCAUGAUUAUAGGCCAUGUUCUACCGGACAAAGAUACUUCCCUCCUGGAUGCCUAUGAGAAGUGCAGGAACUUGGCAGACCCCAAAGUGUGUUGUGACUAUUCACUUCACAUGGGAAUCACCUGGUGGUCCCCAAAGGUAAAAGCAGAAAUGGAGAUUCUUGUGAGAGAGAAAGGUGUCAACUCAUUCCAGAUGUUUAUGACCUACAAAGACUUAUAUAUGCUUCGAGAUAGUGAAUUAUAUCAAGUGUUCUGUGCUUGCAAGGAUAUUGGUGCAAUAGCCCGAGUCCAUGCUGAAAAUGGAGAACUUGUGGCAGAGGGUGCCAGAGAGGCACUAGAUUUGGGAAUCACCGGACCAGAAGGAAUAGAGAUCAGUCGUCCAGAGGAGCUGGAAGCAGAAGCUACCCACCGAGUUAUCACUAUUGCUAACAGGACUCAUUGUCCGGUUUACCUGGUCAACGUUUCCAGUAUCUCUGCCGGAGACGUCAUUGCUGCUUCUAAGAUGCAAGGUAAAGUUGUCUAUGCAGAGACCACCACCGCACAUGCCACUUUGACAGGCUUACACUAUUACCAUCAGGACUGGUCCCAUGCAGCUGCUUAUGUCACAGUGCCCCCUCUGAGGCUGGACACCAAUACUUCCACCUACCUCAUGAGUCUGCUAGCCAAUGAUACUCUGAAUAUUGUAGCUUCUGACCAUCGGCCCUUCACCACAAAACAGAAGGCAAUGGGCAAGGAAGAUUUCACUAAGAUCCCUCAUGGAGUGAGUGGAGUACAAGAUCGUAUGAGUAUCAUCUGGGAGAGAGGCGUGGUGGGAGGAAAGAUGGAUGAAAACCGUUUUGUGGCAGUGACUAGUUCAAAUGCAGCCAAGAUUCACAACCUGUAUCCCCGCAAGGGCCGCAUCAUCCCUGGAGCUGAUGCUGAUGUGGUUGUGUGGGACCCAGAAGCUACAAAGACCAUUUCAGCUAGCACUCAAGUACAAGGAGGAGAUAUAAAUUUAUAUGAAAAUAUGCGCUGUCAUGGAGUACCCUUGGUCACUAUCAGCAGAGGACGUGUCGUGUAUGAAAAUGGAGUCUUUAUGUGUGCCGAGGGCACAGGCAAGUUCUGCCCACUUCGAUCCUUCCCAGAUUCUGUUUACAAGAAGCUGGUCCAGAGAGAGAAGAGCUUAAAGGUUAAGGGAGUGGACCGUACUCCCUACCUGGGGGAUGUAGCUGUGGUUGUGCAUGCUGGGAAAAAAGAGAUGGGAACUCCACUUGCAGACACUCCCACCCGGCCAGUCACUCGACAUGGGGGCAUGAGGGACCUUCACGAGUCCAGCUUCAGCCUAUCUGGUUCUCAAAUCGAUGAUCAUGUUCCAAAGCGAGCUUCGGCUCGGAUUCUCGCUCCCCCCGGAGGCAGGUCGAGCGGCAUUUGGUAAAGAUGCUGACCAGCCUCCCAACUAAGGAUGCAGCAGCAGCUAGGCAGCCCACCUUCUGGCCACCACUGCAGGUUGCAUGGGGAGGCUGGGCCAGACCGUUCAACGCCUGAGAAGGUGUGGGGGGGGGGGGGAAGGGAGGGCACACAGGACACUUGGGAGCACUUCACAUGUCUGAAACGUCAUUCACUAUGCUUUGAGCCAAUUCUAACAAGCACUUUGGGACGAUGCUCCUCUUGCUAUAGUCCUUUCCUUUCCUGGCCUCAGCAGGCUGCAUCUGUGGGCCAGGGAGGACCCGGCACUAUGCACUGACCGCAAUGCAUAGGCAUCAACCUCGCCCCAACUCUCACACUUGCCUCAGGCUGAGUGUUUCACACAAGCAUCAGCUUGAAUGGUGGUCUUCCUAGUCUCGCCAGCCAAUGUCCAGGGCACUUUGGCAGAAGUGUUUCAGAAGAAAAGGCCUCCCUUCCCCCUUCCCAUGCUCCUUCCUGUCAUCUCCCCCUCCCAAAUAGCCAAAUUCCCAAACCUGCUAGAGUCUUUGCUCCCCAGCCAUGUCUAAGAUUUCCUUCCCACCCCAUAGUUACGAAGUUCAUCAGUGGUCCCUGUUCCAAGCCAAGGCAUUUAUACAGACAAAGCAAAUGCACCCUUUGCCAGCUCCCUCCUCCCUUCCUUUUUCCCUCUAGUCACCCUCCCACACUUACAAAGAACAAGCAGCCAAGAAGAAAGAGCUGGGAGCUGGUGCGAGGCCUUGUGCCAUGCGCAUGUAAAUGAUUUUGUUUUGCACGAUUGGUUUGAGCAGUGGUUUGGUUUGAUUUGUUAGUGCAUCAUGUGGAAAAAAAAACAGUGCUUUUGUGUCACUUAGCGUUAGGAUAGAAACGAGGACAGACAUGAUCCUCAAGAGAUGCUGCAGUCAACACCAACCCAAGAGGCAGGGCAGGCAUAGAACAAGCCCCCAAACUCCCAUCCCCCAUAUUCGACCCUCUGGAUAGUUAAGGGGCCAAAAAAAAAAAAAGUCCUGGAUCCAUCCUCCCCCAAGCCUGGUAGAUAAGAACAUAGCUCCCAGAUCCUCACAAGGACCAAAAUCAGGAAUCUGGUCUUGUAAGAAUGGCCUGGGCAUCAAUUAUUUUAAAAAUUCAGACUUGUAUGGUCUUAUCCUCUCCUUACUGAGCUCCCUGAGCUGACCAGAGUUUUCAGGCAGAGGCCUGGGCUUUUGUCCUCCCUUAUGUCCGGUGAGAGCUAUGUAUGCCUCCCAAGAGAGGGAGAUAAGGAGAAGAAGCACGAGGAAGAAAGGUUCUCACUAAGAAGAGGAGGAUGAGUUUAGGCUACAGGGUCCUGUAAGGCCAUAUAUAGGACACCUGCAGCCGUGCCUCCAGCCAGCCUCACCACCACCCCUACCUGCUGCAACUGUCUCCCCAACAUUCCUGAUGGCUAAACCAGACCCUUCCCCAACAUGAAGGGGAUUCUUGAAAGGAAAUCAAAUUCAAGAGGGGGGGGGGUCUACCUUCCAAUGCUAAAGACCACUGGGCUCUUCAGUAGGGACACUCAGACACUUUGGAGACCCUAUUAGCUACAUGAGGUAGGGUAUCUCCUAUUACCAAAUGAUGUUCUUUCUUGGCAAAAGAGAAGACAGGAGGAGUUCCUCAGGCCAGGAGUUACCCUCCUUUUCUUGGGCUCUUUUCUAACUACUUAGUUUUAGCUCUGCUCUUAUUUAGACCAGUCUUCCAUCUGUUAGAGCUCACUGAGGUUCCUAAGCCCUUAUGGGAGUUUACCAAUGCCCCCUUGUUAGUGCCACUCCAGAAGUUGUCAGAAUUCCCCCAACAGCCUUGAUUAUGCACCCUUGCUGUGGAGAGGAGGCAUGAGACAACUUCUGGUUGCCAGUCCUCACUAAUAAUUACAAAAUCAUUUGCAGAAUUGGACUCCCAAGUGAAUUGUUGACAGGGCAUGAAUUUUUUUUCUUAUGACCACGAAAAAAACCUUAAAAACUCUUUGUCUAAGCUAGGACUAGUAGAAUAUUAGAAACUUGCUCUGUUUUCUGAAUUCCAACCUGCUGUGGCAUUUUUAUAUUCAACCUCUACUCCCAACCCAAGUACAGUCCCUCACUAGCAUACUAGAGAGAGCAAGACAUUGGUGGCAAGAAUAUAGAAGGCAAAUAGUUUGUGGGGCCAAAGCAGAUCACAGGAGGUCAUAGAAGUGGUGGCCAAGUAGGCAAUAUUUUUGGUCAGGACACAACACAUAGUGACAGCAACUGGGCUGGGAAAUGGAUUCUAACGUAGCCCCAGAAAGCUAUAGAGAUGCCAGCUCUGGCUGCUCUGGUCUCUUGAAUAAGACUACUAUUACCUUUCUCCCCAAUUUCUUUGAAGUGGGACUCGGGCAGAUGCCAAAGAGCAUAGGAGAGAGCUGGCCAGCGAGACAGGCCAGAAUUGCUACAUAGUUUUGUGGGGAGAGCUUUUCCAUAUAAGUCCCGAUGUUGGAAUUUUUGAACUAGAUUUAGUGCCCAAUGUGGGGAAGGAGGAGAAAAAUGGGGCUGUGGAAUCAUAUUCCUUCUCUCAGCAUAAUUACAGUUCUGAGAGUGUUAUUUCCCCCACCCCACACCCAACCUCCUGACCCUUCUAUCCAUGACCCACCCACACCCAAAAGCUUCUAGCUGAAAAAUCAGGAGGUGGUCCAAAAUGUCAAAAAAAAAAAAACAGCCCCUCCUCUUCCCCUGAACCCCUUCUUGCCCCUUUACAGAGCCCAAAGCCACCCGGAAGACAUUCUUAUCUCUCCUGGUUGGAAUGAAAAAUGGUCUCUGGUUGCAUUGAAUGCAGCUCUCAAACUGGUCUUGUACUUGCUGGAAUAAAUGCUGUUUUUCUUGCCUUAGCUGCUCUCUAGGUUUGUGGGGUUGUGUUAUGGGAACAUUGUGCUACUACUGUGUGUGUGUGUGUGUGUGUGUGUGCUUGUAUAGUGCUAGGAAUCCACAGUAGGUCUCUGUUAAGUCUGUACCGUGAUGAGGGCUUUUUGGACUCUGACCCAGAAACAACAGAACCAAACUGAAACCAAAACCUCCUUCCAGCAGCAGCAGAGGCGAUAGGCAUGGUCUGGGCUCAAGAUGGAACCAGCCCACAUCCCAGGCACCCAAGUGACUUUCCUUUUGCCUCCGUAAAUGUUAUGGUGCUAAAAAUGUGUCAGUCUCAAAAGGACACACUUUUCCUGUGCUUUAGCCACCUGUUUCAGACAAAGCAACAAAACACCACCACAAGAAACACCCCAACACAUUGUGUUCUGGUGCAGGUUUGUAUUAAACUGUAGCUACUUCUCA